AUGGCAAUGCCAGGCCAUCACAGGACAAUGUGGCUUCUUCCUGUUGUCCUCCUUUUCCUUCGGAUGGUGCAGACAGUCAUACCAAGUGCAUGCUAGGUCAACAAUGGGGACUGCGAGCAGUUCUGCAAAAGUGAAGGUGAAGGAGUUGCAUGUUCCUGUGCUGCUGGCUAUGCCCUGGGCAAUGAGAACAAAACCUGCAUUCCUGUAGUCAAGUAUCCGUGUGGUAAGCUUCAGAGAAACCAUGAAGCCAGUGGAGAGAAAGUCACAGGAACCACAGCAAGUCCAGGUGCUCAUCCUGGCAAUGAGGAAACCACCGAGGCCCCAAGCAGCCAUCCAGAGGUCACCAGGGAGGCUGGCAGUUUACCCAGUGCAUCCCCAGGUGGAUGGUUUUGUGGGGGAACAGUUCUGAAUGAGUAUUUUAUACUUUCUGGAGCUCAGUGCGUUAACCAGUCUAAAGACUUAUGUGUCGUUGUUGGUAAGUAUAGUAGUCUGUCAGAGGUUGUGUCUACAGAGAUCAUAGAAUCAUCAGAUGAGAAGGCCAGGGGGUGGAGGAACACCCACACCUCGGUGGAGCUGGCAAACCUGCUCCACCUUCAGCCAGUGCACCACGAGAUGGGGAACUGCUGCACCACUGACCAGGGUUUUUUUAAGGGUGGUUUUUUUUAUUUUUUUCAUGUGUUGACAUUGAGGCCAGGCUUUGCCCUUAGAGGUUUUGUUUUUUGCCUGAGCAGCUGGACUUUAAACUUCCACACCUCUCAUGUAGCCAUUUCCCUCACCAGCAGCAGGAAUGCAGGCAGGCGGCCGUUAGGCUCAGAGGGUAACAUGGCAAGGUGCUCUUGGACAAUAUUGUUUCUUCUCCCUGCCCUUUUCCUUCAGGCAGAGCAGACAGUGUUUAUAUCAGCUAACGACGCAAACAACAUUAUCAAGAGACAGAGGCGUGCCAGUUCCCUACUUUUGGAGGAGGUCCUCCAAGGCAGCUUGGAAAGGGAAUGCCUUGAAGAGAGAUGUACGCAUGAAGAAGCGAGAGAAGUAUUUGAAAAUGAUGAAAUGCUCAAAAUGUUUUGGGAUGCCUACUACGGUGGCAGGAGGUGCUCAUCCAGCCCCUGCCAGCACAACAGUGUGUGUGAGGACAGCAUUCGUGGCUACACCUGCACCUGUGCCGAGGGCUAUGAGGGAGAGAACUGUGCUUUCGCUAAAAACGAAUGUCAUCACCACCCAAAGGAAGGAUGUCACCACUUCUGCUACCCGGGAAGCAAUUCCUACCGUUGUUCCUGUGCUGAUGGCUAUGAGCUUGGGAAGGAUAAAAAACAGUGCAUCGCAUUAGAUCAAUGUGCAUGUGGCAGACUUCAAGACAGUGAUAAUCUGAUAAGUAAAACCAGGAAGAAACAUGAUGAGCGAUUUCCUUGGCAGGUCCUCCUGCUAAAUUCUGAAGGGAAGGGCUUCUGUGGAGGAGUGCUGCUAAAAAGUAACUUUGUAUUGACUACGGCAGAGUGUGCCCUUCUGCACAGCCAUUUUGAAAUCAGGGUUGGUGCUGGGUCUAAAGGAACAAGUGGAAGUGAGAAGAUAAUGCAAGUUAGCGAGAAACACAUACACAUCCGGUAUGAUGAAGACACUGGUGAGAACAACAUUGCGUUACUACAACUCCAAGAACAUGUGGAGUGCAACAACCACCAGCUUCCCGUAUGCGCUCCUGAAAGAGACUUUGCAGAACAUGUUUUAAUUCCAGAGCUGGCUGGUACAGUCAGUGGCUGGAGAAUGGAAGGUGAUGAACUCCAAGGUGAUGAGUUGCAGGUUUCAUACCUUCCUGCAGAGGACUGCAAACAAAUCCUCAACAUAAGCCUCACAAACAGGCAAUUUUGUGGACACCUUCAGGAGGCCACAGACAAGCAACUGGCCGGAGGAAGCUUUUUAGCUACUGAGUAUAAGGGCACUUGGUUUCUGACUGGGAUAUUGGGGUCCUGGCCACUAGAAGACAUGGACCAGGAAACAUUUCUCUUCACCAGCACCGCGAGGUAUAUGAUAUGGUUUAAACAAAAAAUGAAGUAAAACACAAACACAACCAACCCUCCAGCACCAAUCUCUACCAAUCACUGCAAGGGAACAUUUGGAUGCAGUCAGUACACCCAUCUGAGACUCUGUGAUGAUUUGCAGCAAUGGAAGUAGCAAUGAUGAUAUGUAUCUAACUCCCAUUUGUACAGAAAAGCCCAUCUGUCUUUCCUUCUGCUGACACAUGAUACUGUGAAACAUCAUCAUGUGGUAAACCUAGUUAUUUUACUAAAAACUGGCUGAACUUUAA